AUGGCAAAUCUUGCAGAAUACAUUAAAAAGAAAUGGACGACCGAAGAUCCCGAGACGAUUGUCCAAGAGAUUGGCCAAGGCAAACGGUUUCCGACAGAGGCACUUGCCUUGAGCAAGGAUAUUGAAUACAGAACCAAAAUUGUACAGGCAGGUGGAGUGGAUCGUAUCCUGGAGUUUCUUCUUCAAACCGAUACACCGUUCCAAGAUGUUCUGCACAAAGCCAAAGGGGGAGAAGCAUCGUCGGACGACAGUGAUUUGCAGUGCCCAUCCGUUUGGCUGAAUGUGGUCAACAACUUUUGCCAAGAUGGUUUUUUGCCAGAUUCCACCUUGGCACGAGAAACUAGAUACAAGAUUGCCAUUAAUAUGGGGCCACUCUUUAUAGACAUGUCGGAUUGGGAGAAACGAGAAUUGUUUGAAAGCAAGGACACUUGGAUGAAAUCAUUGCCAUUUUUUGUCAGCAUGCUUUCUGGGUUCUUGGCAUCGAGCUUUACCAAACUAGCUGACUUUUUAGUACGCCAAGACAGUCUUCCUUCCUUCUUGGUGCGAGUCCUGUACCUGGAACUUGGAGAUCCGACAAUUGUCUCGGAGAUCGUGGAGUAUUCUAUUGAGCGCGACGAUCGUCUCGUCAAAGCAGAUAUCAUUGGACUAUCACAAACAUGUGCCGCACACUGUAUAAAGUCAUUAUGGAUGAAGCGGGGGAAGCCCAUGGUUGAACAAUAUGCGGAUAUUCCCAUACGACCAGAACACCAAUUGACCAUGCAAACUGGAAUAAUCAAAUUAUUUGAAGUGAACGGAAGAAAAGGAUGGUACCGAGGGGGAUAUGGUGCUACACUGAGUCUGUUCAUUAUGCUAUAUGACAAAUGUGAUCGAUUUUCGAGUGAAUUUGGAGUCGAAUCCGUCUCGGCCAAAAUGGUUGCCAUAUGCCAACGUCACUUGUCGAAACAUAUCCAUCUCAGCCGGGAUCGGUUCUUCAUGGAAGCAGUCAUGACGGGAAUCGUUACUCUAGGUGCCACCAUGAUGACACCUGCCAUCAAUCAACAACAGGCACCGAUUGACUAUAAUGUUGCAAGUGCCAUUCACGCUGGCCUGUUGUAUUUCUGUUUGGACGUUUGCGAUUCCAAUGAUGUCCGUCUGGCCAAAGCCUUGGACGGAUUCUUGAGCAUUGUGACAGCCACGGCAAACUUACCAGAGACAAAGAAGGCAUUGCAAAAGCAAGGCGAAGACAUUCGAUGCCGACUGGAACGUGUCUUGGCACGUGCGCCCUACCUUCAUACAGGUCUGAAUAUUCUCAAUCAGAUACUCCAGCAAUGUUUGCCCCCGCAACCCGACAUGAAUACUUUGGGAUGCGAGUUUUGCUUUGAAAAAUGCAACAAGGGAACAACCAGCAAAUGCUCCUUUUGCCGUACCGUUACCUACUGUUCGGACGACUGCAAACGACUGAAUUGGAUGCUUCAUCAGAAGGACUGCUGCAUGAAACGAAAAAUGCCGCUACCAAAAACUGUUGAGGAGAUUAUCGCACAGGGCAAGAUUAUGUUUGCUCAACACAUCAAUCAGCUUCUGUUCCAGUCGGCACUGAAGAAUCUUUCCAUUUUGGACACCUUUUUGGUAUUCGACAUGAGUGAAGCAACUCCACUAUUUCAAACGUUGACAAUCGGACAAUUCAAGGACGUCUAUCUUCAAAACGAGGAUUCGGUUGAAGAGGCUCUCAAGGUUUUGACAAAGAACAGGGCCUCGGGAUCGGUGACGACUGUCUUUAUUGGUUUUACAGAAGAUGGAAUGCUUGCCAAGUUGGUCACUUUUCCUCCCGAGACAGCACCUGUAAUGCCAAUAACACAGGGAGAACGAUUGGAACCCGUGAAGAAAUGGGAAUCCGCCCAACAACUGGUAGUGACAUUAUCCUCAGCAGGCCAAGGGAGUGGGGCAAUCCAAAAACUACAGGCUCACCCGCAAUUACUACGGGCAUCAAUACUAAAAACAAUGAAGCCAUAG